UUCAAACGAGUACAAUGUGAAUCGUCCAUUAUUUUGUGUUGGACGAUCGGAGUCAGAGCUCAGCUUCUGUUUACAAUUUGUGACAGGUUAUCGUCUUUCAGUUGUAGUUUCGUGAAAGGUAUCAGUUUAAAAAAGUUAAAAAUUAUGUCACGAAAGAAGCACAAUAUAUCGUACAUCAAGCCAGAUGAACCAAAAUUUCUACGAGAAUUGAAAGAACAAAUUGGAUACAAGGAAGGUCCGACUGUCGACACGAAGAGGGAAGCUCUACCUGAAGAAUCCGAUGAUGAAAAAGAAGAGUUAACUGAUGAGAAGCCUAUUGUUGUUGUAUUAAACUCUGGCGAUUUAACAGCGGAGGAAGCGGACGCGUUUAAAAGACAGAAAGAAAAAGAAGAAAAUAAUGCCCCAGCUGACCUGUCUAAGAAGAUUAUAUUUCGCAAAACUAAAGUGGCAGACACGGAUUCAGACGCAGCUCCUACGGAUAAACCUGUGAAAAAGAAAGCAAAAAAAGAAAAGCAAAAGGUUGCUCUUUCCUUUGCUGUUAAUGACGAUGACGAGGACAAUGUUGGAUAGUACUGAAUGCAAAAAUUCUUAUCUGACUGUACAUAUUAUGUCUUUUAAUUUAUACAAAUAAUAUUUUUUUUGUAAAUAAUGUAUAUUAUAUAAUAUUAUUGAUUUAAAAAACUCUGCUAGAGAAUUAACGUAAAAGAGGCAAAAUUAGUGUAAAAUACUGGACGAUAAAUACAUUUUAUAAGAAACUAAAAAA